UCCUAAGAUGUCUUCUAAGAACGUGCCCCGUCGUACCCUUCACCUCACCCACUCGCCUCUUUUCUCGACGCGGGUCCACAGCAUGGACCCCCUCGACCGUGCGAUGCUGUCAUACGAAAAGGCAAAGGCGAUCGCGUUGUCAUAUGACAUGACAAUCGACGACCUGCUUAACCUCUCGCCCAAGUUCUGGCAGCUUCACAACGACCCUAUUACUGUGAUGGACUUCGGCACAACAACCCUUCUCAGUAUACAGUACAACCUUUGCGCCGGGACCAUCGCUCGCUAUACUGCGCGGCGUCCCGAGCUUAUUCCGCUGGUGGAAGAUCUCUUGAAGUACCGGAAACACGGGCAGUUCAUGAUGACCGAGCUGGGUCACGGUCUCGACAUCGGCAACAUUGAGACGACUGCGACACUGACAUCGACGGGCGAGUUCAUCCUCAACUCGCCAACUCCCAGCGCUGCGAAGUUCAUGCCUCCUACCCUCCCUGCGGGCCAGCCAUGUGUGGCCGUCGUGUUCGCGAAACUGAUAGUGAACGGCGAGGACCGUGGGCACAGGCCCUUCAUUGUGGCGCUCAACGACGGCAAGCAGAUGUGCACCGGCGUUCAGUGCAAACUGCUACCUCCCCGUGGCGGCCCUAACCCCGUCCCACACUCCCUCACCACCUUCCGCAACGUCCGCCUCCCGCGGGGCUCUCUGCUCGGCGGCCUUGAGAAGCCCGCCGACAUCCACGCGAACCUCAUGAACAUCGUCGAGCGCAUCACCAUCGGCACCAUCGCGCUCUCCUGCCUCGCGCUCCCCUUCACGCAGGCCUACGCGACCAUCGGCACGCUCUACUCGCUCCGCCGCCAGAUCGGUAGCCCGACACAGCGCACGCCCAUUCUGCAGUUCCGCACACAGCAGGCGCCGAUCCUCGCAGCGGCCGCGAACGCGUUUGUCAUGCAGGCGAUGCAGAACUGGUCGAUUAAGAACUUCUGCGAUAAGCGGCUGGACGGGCGUGUGCGCCAUGGCGUCGCGGCGAUCUUCAAGAGCAUCAUGGUGCAGCACUCGCAGCAGGGCGCGCUUGGUGUGUCGGAGCGGUGUGGUGCGCAGGGUCUCUUCGCGCACAACCAGAUGACGACUCUGCACGCCGAGAUGCGCGGUAUCGCCAUUGCUGAGGGUGACGUCCUCGGACUUGCCGUCCGACUCGUGAACGAGCUGCUCCUCGGACGCUACGAGAUGCCCAAGCCCCAGAACCCCGAUUCACUCCUCGCCCGCCAUGAAGCCGGCAUGUUCGCCGAGCUCCGCGAAGUCCUCAAGGCCGCGCCCGGUCACCGCAGCGAAGAGGUCAACCGCCUCGUCCUGCCCUACUGCCAGCCCAUGAUGGAGGCGAUCGGACACCGCAUGGCGUACGACGCGGCCGUCGAGCAGGGUGUGCGUCCCGCGCUCAUCGACCUCUACGUCGCGAACGUGAUGAAGCUCGACGCGGCGUGGUACGUCGAGUUCGCGGGGCUCGGGCGCGCGGCGCAGCAGGCCAUGGAGACGCGCGCGAUGGACGCGGUGCUGCCGAUGCUGGGGGAGCUCGUGAAGGAGAUGGACGUCUUCGCGUACAUCAACGCCCCGCUGGUGAGCGACGAGCGCUGGGCGGCGUUCGUGGACGACAUGAAGACGCAUGAGGGGAACGGCCGCGUCGACCUCUUCAACCUGCCCCGCCGGCCGGUGGCGAUCCAGCCCGAGAUGGUGAGAUCCCACCUGUGAUUCUCCUCUCCGCUGGACGUGCGCCGACGCUCUCUCCCCCUCUUUGCUCCUCUCGCUCUCCGCCUCGCAUCUGGCAGUACGCCGAAGUCGGCUCGCUCGUGCUCAGCUACGUGUUGUAAAUCAUCUACCUAUUCCGUGACUCGUGCCUCUCACUGUAUAUCUGCCACCGGCUCGCUGUAUCAUACCUUCGAGCGCCCCGUUCUUUAUCCACCGCUGUAGCGUAGCCCCCUCUCGCUAUUCUCUGAGCCCUAUAGUACAUACUACUUACAUUCGCUAUCAUCAUCUUCCUUAGCUCUGCUACUAUUCGUACACUAGUACAUAUCGCUAGUAUCCUACGCAUUACUACUAGUUUACGUAGCACUCCUAGGACAGUCUCUAUGGCACACCUCGCGACUGAGUUCG